GGUUCGUGCGGGAGCAGGUCAGCUGGUUCGGGUAGUUUACUGCCGAAGUUAGCUUCGCGUUAGAGCCGCAUUUACCUUUAGAAAUGCGUUUCAAAUUUCCUUUUCGCCCCGACUUCCAGUCUGCCAUCUAAAGGCGGAGCAGCCCAUGCUGGCUAGGCGGGAGAAGUGCGUUUUAUCCGGCUAGCGAGUAAAGAUUUGUUCCCGAGCAUCCUGCUAGCUUUGCAGCUAAAUUAGCAAUACAUACCAGAGAGGAGGGAGGUGAGAACCAGAGACGCCAACCAUGGCAGGUGGAAUUACAGACACAGGGGAGCCCUACUCCCCAUUUGUGGGGCUGGUGUAUAUGUUCAACCUGAUUGUGGGAACUGGAGCUCUGACGAUGCCCAAAGCCUUCGCUCAAGCUGGGUGGGUGGUCAGCUUAGCGCUCAUCACCUUUUUAGGAUUUAUGAGCUACAUGACCACCACUUUCGUGAUCGAGGCGAUGGCAGCCGCCAACGCUCAGCUGCGCUGGAAGAGGAGAGAGCAGGAAGAGGUUAACGAGAGCGACUCCACAUCCGAGUAUUCAGACGACGACGACGUCAUGUGUCGGGGUCGAUCGGAGCCGGAGACGAGGCCCAUCUUGUCUGUUCGUGAGUGUCAGAGAGCGGGUCACGUUGAUCAUUUUGACAUCGUGGAGCGGGUGGAGAUGGGUCAGAUGGCCUCCAUGUUCUUCAACAAAGUUGGCGUCAAUAUGUUCUACAUCUGCAUCAUAGUCUAUCUUUAUGGAGACCUGGCCAUCUACGCAGCGGCUGUGCCGAUAUCGCUGAUGGAAGUUGCCUGCGGGAACCACUCCUGCAGCGCGGGAAGUGUGAAGUACAAUGACACAGAUCCGUGCUGGGGCCCUGUCACGAGGAAAGAUGCGUACCGGGUGUUUCUGAGCGUUUUCACCGUUUUGUUGGGUCCAUUCACCUUCUUCAACGCUCAGAAGACCAAGUAUCUUCAGAUUCUCACCUCACUCAUGCGCUGGAUUGCUUUCACCAUGAUGAUCAUCUUGGCUGUAAUCCGCAUCGGUAAAGACCACGGUGCGGGCCACCCGCCUGUCGCCUCCCUGUCUGGGGUUCCCAACCUGUUCGGGGUGUGUGUCUACUCCUUCAUGUGCCAACACUCCCUGCCUUCCUUGGUGACGCCCAUCUCCAACAAGAAACGCGUUGGCUCCCUGGUGCUUUUUGACUACAUCCUCAUCCUUGGCUUCUACGUGCUGCUCUCAUUCACCGCCAUCUUCUGCUUCGAUAGCUCGCUGCUGUAUGACAUGUACACCCUGAACUUCACGGACAACUGCGACGUGUUAGACAUCCCAGUACUGCGCUACUUCCUCGGCCUGUUCCCCGUUUUCACCAUCAGCACCAACUUCCCCAUCAUUGCCGUCACACUUCGCAACAACUGGAAGACCCUGUUCCACCGGGAUGGAGGCACCUACCCGUGGGUGGUGGACAGAAUCGUAUUUCCCCUUAUUACUCUCGUGCCCCCCAUCGUGGUCGCCUUCUGCACCCACAACUUGGAGUCCCUGGUGGGAAUCACAGGAUCCUAUGCGGGCACAGGGAUCCAGUACAUUGUUCCAGCCUUCCUCGUUUAUUACGCCAGGCGCCAUCUGGAGCCCGUGAUGGGCAGAGAUGCCAUCAACAAACAUCAGUCUCCCUUCCGUCACAGCUUUUGGGUGUGGUUUGUUUUGCUGUGGGCUGCCUCCUGCCUCAUGUUUGUCACAGCUAACAUCAUCCUGACUGACACCAAGAAAUGAGAACUCUGUGUGGCCAGUUUGUGGUUCCUGUACAGGAAGCCUUAUUACUGCUGGUUGGGCAGUGUGCCUUUCUCUUGAACUUUUGUUGCAUAAAUUAAAUGUAAUUAAGAGUAAUUUAUCAAAUAUUUUUGGAAAAGGGACCAAAUGUCACGUGUUCUAUGUUCCACAGAACAAAAGUUGGGAUAAUGCAUGACAGUUAAAGGGAAUUUAUUAGUAGAAUUUUUUUGUCAAUAAACACCAGACAGUCUGAGUUUUUCCACAAGGUUUUGCACUUUAAAAAUAUAUCCAGCGGGUUUAUAGUCAUCAGAGAGCUGAGGCCCAGUGAUCUGUAGAAAUUUGUUCACGCGUGAGUCGGCAGAAAUGGUUGUUUAAAGAAGAGAAAGAGGUUUAUACCUACUUUCCCACAAAAUUGUCACCGUAACCACCUCCAGUUCCAACGCUCGGCAGCUUCGUUUAAAGCAAACUUAUGGCUUCAGGUCAGAGUUGGGUAGCAUUACUUUUAGAACAACAAUACAGGCAAUAAAAAAAUAAUCCUUUUUGUUACAAUGUGAGAAAAUGUAACUUUUUAGAGUACCAGAAAUAGACAUCCGUUUUCAGUUAGCUUGCUUGUAUUGUCUGGAGGACGUGUAGCCUGUUUCCCUCUGACUUUACUUUAUCGCAUAGCGAGUUGGUUUUGGCCGAUUCUCCUCCUCAGCGGGCUCCCCGUCAGAGUCGUCCAGCUGCACUUGUGCUCCUGAAGUAGCAGCUGACAAAACCACAAUGUAAAGGUCAUCCGCUCUGUCAUCACACUGCCAGUCUGUGAAGCUGUGUGCCAACCGUAGACUCAAGUGGACGUUAAAGGAACUUUAGCCUCGGAGGCUGCUCUUCAGUGCCGACAACUCAGGAGGGAGACAAAACGUGUCUUCUUGAUCUGCAGCGACAUAUGCUCUAAUUGCUAUAUGGUAAUCUGAGUCCUCUGAUAUGCUACUUUAGAGCUCUAAGGGCUGUUCUCAAAGUUUGCCUCAUUCAUAUUCCAAACUGCAGGAAAGAUCCGACGGACCUCGAGGGCAGAAUGUUCCAGCAAAAAUAUAUUAAAGCGAGCGGAAGAGCAGACAUGAAAAAGAGCCUGUCACAUUCAGACUCGUGCGCUGUUGCAAAACUUCGUAAUGAGAUUGGAACAGGAACCAACAGGAGAAGAAAAACGAAUGGAUCGGGGACGAUCGCUCUUUCAUGUUUGACGUGCAUCCAUUCCUCAGCGGCGGCUGCCUCCGAUCUCCUCGUCUCCCCCUCGUGAACAAUGAAGCUCCGUCCGUGACAGAUCCACUGACAGAUAGGCUUCCAGGAGGAGCUCCAUCUCUGUUUAUCACCUGACACUCGUGUAGUUCACACACAGGGCAUGUCUUCCCAUCUUCUUCUACUCAGCACCCAUUCAUGACUCUGUCAGCCUCGUGCUGUAUCCAUCACACAGCCACACCUGACAGGGUAAUGGAGAUCUACAGGGCCUCAGCUCCGGCUGUGACGAAGGCAUCUGUGGCCAAAAGUGAAGGGAGCCAACUACACAGCUUCAUAAAGUGCACACUGUACUGUAAAGUCUAGUGAUGCUGACUUCACUGGCACUUGGCAGCUUCAUCCAAACAGCAUUCUCGCCCAUAGGCUUCCGCCUUUGACCUGUUUCAUGGUUCUGUCUUUGGGAUUUUCAUAUUAUAGUGGAAACACUUCAGUUUACCUGAAGAGCAACAGCAACAACAAAAACCUCUUCAUGCAAUCAUUUGCCUCCCACCAGGUGAGGUUGAGGGUGUUAGACUAAAUUUAGGUGCAACCACUGGACAACCACCCACUUUCCCAAAAGGAGGUUGCUGUCCUGUUUGUACUGUGGGAGGUGCAUUUCUGCUCGGCUGACGUAGUUUGGUUCAUCCAUCCGUUUUCUACCACUUACCUGGGCUGUGGGGUCACAGAGACAGCCGUUUUCAUGCACUCCUCAGCCACCUCUUUCAGACUUCUCAACCCUCCUGGGUUCUGGGUGUUCUCCAGGGUCUCCUCCCUGUUGGACUCAGGAUGAGCUCAGACACACUUCAGAAGAGGCUCAUUUCCAUUGCUUUUAUCCAUGACCUCCUAUCUUAGUCUGUACCCAGAGCUCGGGGCUCUAGAUGGAGAUGUAGUUUGACCAGAACACUGACUGUGCAGCGUCACCGCACAUGCUGUGCAGUUUAACAGCUCUAGGUUCACUGCUUUAUACACAAAACUAACUAAUCUUUAAGUAAACUAAAGUUACAGAUUAGCUCUUCUUCCCUUUAUGCAGAGAUGUUUGGGUAACACCGGAGUCUUUCUCAAAUUAAGUCUUUGGCCAUUUUUCUUAAGCCGUUAUUUAAAUAAAUUUAAUUUCAGUGGAUCCAGGUCACCAUUAAACCCGCAUAUGUAGUCACAGGUCAGGUUUAAUAAAAUCCAUCUAAAGGUUAUCCUCUACUACCACCAUCUAAGGAUUCUUAGGGCCGAUGUCUGAGGCUCUACACCCUGAAGUGAGAGUGGAGAGUGAGGACACAGUGAGGCUGUACUUACUGGUGAACCCCUUACUGGUAAUCUGUGAGGAAACACAAGGAAAAUUCUGGGUUUCAAAUGGGAAAACCCAAAGAAACCGAAGGUGUUUCAUCCAAGCUCUGCAGCAGUUAACUUCCUGUGAGAACACAAAUGUCCCAGUCGGCCAGAUUGGACCUCCCACCCUCUGUAAGGAUGUCCGGUGCUGAAGUAGGAGUGCGUUAUCUGGAGUUCCUGCACAUUUUCCCCAGUUCAUGAGUGAAAACAGCUUUCUGAGGGAUUCUGAUCUUUGUCUUUUAGUCUCCACUUUGUCUACACCAUAUUUACAUUUUCUUACCUUGUUAUUGUUUACUUUAAGUCAUCAUAUAUGGGAAUAAACAUCCAGGUUUUGGUUUACAUAUCUUUAGGCUGCUUUUUGGUUAAGGUCAGCAUGCGUCUGCACAGAGAUGAGUCAAAGCAGCAAAGAUAUCCAGACUUUCAAAGUCCAGUUAAAGUUCCUGCAGUAUUGUGUACCGUAUACAGCGGGCUCCUCUGAACAAAUGAUUGCACGAGGCUCUGUAGGAAAGUCUUUUCUUCAGGGGCUUAAUUGCUGCUGUUCUCAGUUUGUAGUAGAAUUGAAAUGCCGCUUCAGCUGUGGUCAAUUUAAAUGCAAACACAGUUCGAGGGUGUUUCUCGGGUUCAGUGGGUUGCGGAGCCGUUCGAAAGGCGCCGCAGCUUUUUCAUCAACUGCUGUAAUGCAGUUUAAAUUGAAAGGUAAUGUGCUGUGACUCGAGUGUUUUUUAAGGCACUGCGGCUGCAAGACCGGCGCUCAUGCAUCGCAGCGAAGGUUACGGAGGUGAUGCUGGCUGUGUCGUCAGCAGAACGCGUCGGCCUUUAACAAGACUGAUUGUCAAUAAUCUCAUUUAUUACAAAUAUUGGCGGUUUGUCUCGGUGUAAUACCGACCAGCUUCUGUGUGGUUUGAGUGAGGAUGAAUCGUUUUUAUAAGCUGAAGGGAAACAAUUGAAUGGAAAAAAUACAAACAUUUGAACCCUGAAAAGAUAUUUAAUAUUUAACCUGAAGGCAGAGCUCAACGUGUAUGCGUGUGAGUGAUUAGAUAGCAGAUGUGUUAACGUUCUCGUGACUCAUCAGGAGUUGUGAAAUGUGCCUUUUUUUUUUGCCCUAAACUUCCUUCUCUUAUCUUCUGUAAAGCAGCUUGCCAGACAUGUGCAUGUAAUCCAUUUCUUUAAAAAUGACAAUCUGUGUUUGCCAAAAAAACAUUUAUAAUCCUUGUUUUUCUUUGUGUUCUUUUUUCCUGUUUGUUCCAUAAGUUUACCCUCGUGUUUCAGAGGAUUCUGGUUCUGGUUUCUGUUUACAGAUGUUUGGCUGUAAUGUUUCCUGCUUUAAUGGAUGUUCUGUUUCCUUUUUUUAAUGAGUCACAAAAAUUUAAUAAAAUAAACGAUUUGUGUUCAUCUGAA